AGAUAAGCAGAAGAGUCAAGAGGAGAUAAGACUCGCGGGUACAUGUCAGUUUCGCGGCGGAUAAAACGGUGCAUGGGCCAUGCGGAGAAGGUAUGGGAUGGGAUGAAACGGCGAAUUAGGGACGCAGGGGUAUUGGCGAGACUAGGGUUGGCAUGGUCUUUGCACUUGUAAGGUACCUUGGUGAUUAGGCGCCGAAAGAUUCGCUGCAUGGGGGUUGUUGGUGUUGUUAUGGUCGUGUAGGAGUAACGAAGAGAGAAGGUGCAAAGGAGUGUUUAGGCGUGAGAGACACAGACCUGGCGAGGCAAAGCCAAAACACGAAAGGGGCCACUUUUAACAAUGCGUCGGCACUCAUUAAUAUAUGGUGUGACCCCGCGCUCCCAUCAACGCAGUAGCGAGACGGACAGGACAGAUAGUGUACAGCGGUACCUUUGAAUCGCAGAGUUUGCAAGGAGAGCCCAGGGGAAGCAUCAUGUCGCAGCUUUCUCAGCACAGGCAAAGAGGGCCAUCCUUGGGGAUUAUUGCGUCGUCGUACGGUCUGCAGGGACAGCCUCCAGUGCCAAACGCGCGACCGAGCCCACUCUCAUCACACCCGCCCACGCCAGUCGAGCCGGUUGGAGGCAGUUGCAGCAACGAGCAGCAUCAUAGCAACAGCCAACAGCAGCAGAGGGUCGCGGAAGCACACAGUCGGGAAGUGUCUUCAUCGUCGCUGCCGUUUGGGUCGCCUAGCAACUCCUUCCCGAGGAAGCAUCCGAGUAAUUUCUCCACGCCCGACCUGUCAAAGUCUGCUUCACCCUCGACCGACUCCCUCUUCCACCAAGACACGAAUUCUUUUGCCGGCAGCUCCUCUCAAUUGCAUCAACUACCAUUGGCAUACCAGCUGAACAACCAAUCAACCUCGUCCAAGCUCGACCUCAGCAACUUCUCCACAAUGUCCUCGCAAGACAACCACCGCCACGAUAGCUUCGGCUCGCAGUUGCCUGUUCCAAAGGGCCCGACCAACAAUGGCCGCCGCAGAUCCAUCAGCAUGCAGAAGCUCUUCUCCUUGACCAACCUCAAGAGCAGUUUCACAAACUCCCGCACAUCUCUCGUCUCGACGCCUUCUUCACAACACCCUCCUCAAACCGCCUCUUCCGAUCGCCCGUCCUCCAACAGCACAAACAGUUCGAGAGGUGUCAAGCGUGCUGCAGAAGAGGACUUUGUCGUCGUUAAGCCCGGCCAGGACAACCUCCAGCCGCCGUUGAGAAAGAGAAAGAGCAGCUCGUGGUUUUCCCGCAGAAAGAGCGGCCUCUUCUCUUUCAACUCCUACAACGCGAACAGCUCUGCUGUUGUAGACGACUACGACAUGCCUCAAGGUCCUGAUGCCAUGAUGAUGGACGAGCCUGAACUCGUUCGCCCCACUACCGAACACACUCUGCAAUCAAAGAGCAAUUCUUCAAGCGAGCGACCAGCCAGCGUCUACACCACCCACACCACACAACUACCUCCUAUGCUACCACCAUUGUCGCCCAUGUCAAAGACGCAAACACAAUCCUCGCAAUACUCCCAGCCUCCGCAAGCUCAGAGACCUCAAUCACAUAGAACGUUCAGCUCGCAAAGCAGAGUCAGUCGAUCGUCAUCUCAACGCCGAACCCCAUACUCUCCUUCUGCAAGAGAAGCCUUCUCACCUCCUCCCACUCUGCCGGAACUCACUAGAAUUGAGACGUCCUUUGGUGACUCGGACAUGGGAGAGCUGUUUGCUCACAUUGGACGCUAGACGCGUUAUGAGUCUCCGGACCGUGUGACUCAGCGUCAGUGGUUCGGCCGAUAUGUGCCUGUUCACAGAAGCACUGGCCGUAGAAGUACUGGAAGAACACCCUGG